AAGGGCAUACGUUGCGUAUAUCUGAAGCUGAAUUGUCGCUUCUUUUGUAGUUAGGACCCGGGCAACAUCCGUUGGAAUCCUUUACAUCCGGUCGGCAAGAGCAGACCGCACACAAGCUCGACAAUUUACGAGGAUAGCAGCUCAGGACUUUGGCAAGCAGGCCCGGCACCAUGGCAACGGGCAACACGAGCGAGCUUUUUCCCUCAAGAAUUCGGGCUGCUGCGUUCUUGGCGUUGUUGACGGUAUUCUGCGGCCCAUGGCAGCUAGUCGCAGCUGGUCGCAUCUGGACCGGAUUCGCCGCUUUUGCCGUUGAUGACAACGGUGGCGGUUUCACUAGCAACCAUGAUGCCGUCACCGCCUUCAGCAGGCCACCAACACCGCCAUCCACCGCCACUACAUCUACGGUAGCGGUGUUCCCCACCUACGGCGGUUAUUACGGCGGCAACUCCCCAUCUCCGCCGCCAACCUACACUCCGGCCUACCCUCCCGUCGUCAUUGACGACUUCACAACACCACCUCCCUCCGAGUCGCCCUCCACCGGCUCCACUGAGCUGCCCGACCCUCCGGCUCCCCUUGUACGACACCCCCCUGCGCCGCUGACCGGGUACGACACUCAGCUCCUAAACCAGUUGUACGGCAACGGUUGGUACCGUGUUCGAGCCUCUUCGGUUCGUUCUGCAUCCGAGGCGGGCUGGAAGGCUUUUGACGGGUUGGUUAAUACUGGAACGGGGCACAUGUGGACGGAUGGUGCGGCUAACCUGUACGACCAGAAUCUGCCGUACCGCUACCUGGGUACGGCAAGUACAACAGUUGGCGAUGAGGAGGUUCAUGGCGAAUGGAUUCAGAUCCAACUGCCCCACCGUGUCGAGGCUGUCAAGUACGCACUUUGGACCCGUGACCGCGGCAUGCAGAAUCGCGGUCCCAAGGAUUUUAAACUCCUUGGAUCCAACGAUGGAACCUACUGGGCUUUAUUGGACGAGCAAACCGGCAUUUGGAACUGGACGCCUGAGGGCCUCGUCUUUUCCGUGUCGGACGCCGGCAACUAUUCGUACUAUCGGUUGGUCGUUGGAUCUAACAACGGCGGCGGCUGGUUGACAUUGUUCGAGAUGUCGUUGUACGCUUAUCCGGAUCCGUCAGAUGGCAUGGAUUUGGUGGCACCGCCGCCCGCUGAGAUUUCCCUGUUGUGAUUAAGGGAAGUAAGAAUGUGAUGUGCCAAAACAAAUAUAUUCUUCCCAACACUGGCUUGUAGGUUAUGAGCCGCAUACUUACGUGGAAUUGUUGCGCAGCGGUCCGUACUCAAGGUUGUACAGCUGAAGUCAUGUUCCAGCUGCCUUGGCCGCAAGAACAAGGAAGGGAAAGGAACGACCCAUGGGUCGAUGGUUCUGUUCAUGUAGGACAAUCCGCAGGAGGUCACGUGAGUAAAUUUAAACCUUGCUGGGGUUGUUGGAUUUAUAAGUGCAAUUUCACAUACGGCAUGAAUUUCAAUUACAUGUACAGGUUUUGCUUGCAUGUCACCUGACGCGCCCUGGUCCACGUUGCCGGUAUGCAUACGGUAUUUGCGAUGAAUAGAGUUAUUGCGUCAAACUGAGGUGUGUACGGCAUAAGGGGCCGCUGGUGACAUUGUACGACAGGCACAGUUGUUGCUGUACGGCAAGCAGGUGCUUUGCCGGAUUGGCGCACACAUGUGCGAAGAUGAAAGAUAUAUGGAACAUUGUUUGCGCCACGGACUCAUUGGAUAGUUUUUAGGGUAUUUUACCGGUAGCACAAGAGCUUGGUUAGGGCGUGGUUAUUAAUUGUAAAUGCUGUGCCUUCUGUCAAUCCUAGAUACCUAAUGUUGCUGUACGUAAAAGUAUGCGGGAUAUGUAUUAUUAAUUCAUGCUGCGAUGUAAACUGCUGUACGCG